AUGUCGUAUUUUGACCUCCCGACUUUGUCAUUCUUCUUGGCAACCACUGUCUUCGUUGUCCUGUUGAGCCGUGCUCGCCUGUCCCGAGAUGCUAUUCCGAUCCUCAAUCCGAAGAAUGGGCUUGAGCUUACAGCUCACAGAGUGAAGAAGCUGUUCGUCGCCAAUGGCAAUGCAAUGGUGGAUUCGUGGUUCAAUGCGAAUCCUCACAAGCCCGCGCGCCUCAAUGCUGAUUUUGGCGAAGUCACAAUUCUUCCACCCAAUCUAGCUAAUGAGAUCCGGAACGAUGAAAGGUUGAACUUCUCAAAAUGGACGCUCAAGGCGUUCCAUGGCAAUACGCCCGGCUUCGACGGCUUCCGCGAGGGUGGUCACGAUUCGCGCAUACUGCAAAACGUCAUCAUUAAAGACAUUACCAAGUCUCUCAACCAAAUUACAGCACCGCUUGCCGAGGAGACUGCCCUGGCUGUCUCAGACGUGCUCCCAUCUGAUAAAGAAUGGCAUACCAUUGCCAUUAGGAGCACAAUCGCACAUGUUGUCGCGCGAGUCUCAUCCCGCGUGUUCUUGGGUACGGAAAUUUGUCGCAACAAAAGAUGGCUCGAAAUCACCCUGCGCUACACAGUCGAUGCUUUCAUGGCUGCCGAGAAACUCCGGCUGUGGCCGGCACCUCUUCGUCCUCUGGUGCACUGGUUCAUGCCAAGUUGUCAGAAACUUCGCGGCGAGGUUGCUGAGGCGAAAGAGAUCAUAACCCCCGUCCUCGAGGAUCGUCGUCUGAAGAAGAAGCAAGCGCAGCAGGAUGGAGUCAAAUAUGAGGCACCAGAUGAUGCUAUUGAAUGGGUAGAGAGAGCAGCAAACGGGGAAUCAUAUGAUCCAGUGUCGACCCAGCUGAUCCUCUCUGUUGCUGCAAUCCACACCACCUCAGAUCUGGUGACUCAAGUGAUGAUCAGGCUGGCCCAGAAUCCCGAAAUCUUGGAGCCGCUAAGGAACGAGAUUCAGACGAUCUUGAAGCAAGAUGGCUGGCGCAAGACGUCACUGUACAAUAUGAAGCUUCUGGACAGUGUGAUCAAGGAAAGUCAGCGCCUAAAGCCGAUUGGAAACGUUGUUAUGCGCCGCGUGGCAUCGGAAGAUGUCAUGCUCAGUGACGGUACCCGUGUCUCGAAAGGCAGCAGUAUCGCUGUCACAUCUCGUAGACUGUGGGACAAGAAUAUCUACGCAGAGCCCGACAAAUGGGAUGGCUACCGGUUCUACAAAAUGCGAUCUGAUCCCGACAAGCAAGCAAGCGCUCAGCUGGUCGCUACGUCCGACAACUUCCUCGCGUGGGGGCAUGGGAAACACGCUUGUCCAGGUCGUUUCUUUGCUUCAAAUGAGGUCAAGAUUAUUCUGAUCCAUCUCCUUAUGAAUUAUGACUGGGAGUUGCCCGAGGGAGCUUCAACAGCUAUUCACAAUGUGGGCCUUGCAAUGACUAUGGAUCCAGCACUAGAGUUAAGGAUCAAGGAGCGAGAGGUUCUGAUAGAGAUUUAA